AUGAAGAUAGCCAAACAACGAAAGAUUGCAAAGAGGGAGCGCGAAAGAUGUGCAACGAUUAAUAAAGAAUUUGACGCUCUGAAAGGAAAGAUUGCAUUCCUGACAGCUGGAAUACCCAUGAAACAGUUAUCAAAGAAAAUGGUUCUCGAAAUCGCUACCGAAUACAUAACUCAUUUGAAAAAAAAUCUGAGAUCUCCGAGUGUCGAACCAGCAGGAUCCACAGGCGAUUUAGUUGUUGAUGACCAUGACUACUUUGGAACCACCGUCGAGGCAAUGAGUGAUUGA